AAUUCAAAAUACGACCUUCUUUGACCUCCUUACCUCAAUUCCAGUUACUUCAAUAAAAACAAACAACUCCCGUUGCCAUAACAACAGUAACUAUUGACAAAAUCAGACAGUUUUUGAAAUAAUUUUACUCCGAAUAAAAUAGUACAGUAAAAAAAUGUUUUUGUGAGUUUUCUUCAGAGCUGGUAGAACAAUGAAGUUAUUAAGGUUCCACUUGAGAUACCAUCCUCCAGGGAUCACCUUGGAAUAUCUGCAGAAGGGCAUGGUAAAAAGUAAGGAAAUCGACUUACUGGAUUUAAACGCCAAUACAAACACCAAAGAGUUGGCGUUCCUCCUGUACCAGAAAGAGCCGCUGAUCACCGAGGAGGUGCGCGACCAGUUGGAGCAAUGCCUGGAGGUGUUGAAGAAGAGGACGGAGCAUGAAGGUCCUACAGGAAAGAGGUUCUACAUCUACAAGACGUUGAUGACCCACGUGCUGCCGCUGACGAACGUCGCUUUUGAUAAAACUGGGAACAGAUGUCUCUCCGGGAGUUACGACCGCACUUGUAAGGUGUGGGAUGUGGAGAGUGGCAAGGACCUGCAGACCCUGACAGGACACCAGAAUGUCGUCUACACCGUCGGCUUCAACUUCCCAGCAUGUAAUCGCGUACUCACUGGAUCGUUCGAUAAAUCGGCUCGUAUCUGGGACCCAGAGACAGCCGAAUGCCUGGCGACACUAUGGGGUCAUCGCGGCGAGGUGGUGGCCUGCCAGUUUAGCGCCAAGGGAGAUCUAGCUGCCACCGGGUCUAUGGACCACACUGCCAAACUUUUUGAUGUCCACACAGGAGCUGAAAUCCACACAUACAACGGCCACACUGCCGAGGUGAUCGCUCUACAGUUCGAUCCCAACGAGGGACAACGGCUGAUCACAGGCUCCUUCGACGGCACCAUAUCCAUAUGGGACACCAGGGUCGAUGAGCGAGUGUCAGUGCUCCGCGGGCAUGACGGUGAGAUAUCCAACGUGCAGUUCAACUGGGACAGUUCUUUGGUAGGCUCUUCCUCGCUGGAUGGCAGUGCCAAACUGUGGGACGCAAGGCAGAGCUCCUGCCUGGCCACCGUGUCUGGACAUACUGACGAGGUGCUGGACAUAUGUUUCGAUUGGGCUGGUCAGCGAAUGGCCACAGCCUCCAGCGACUGCUCCGCCAGGGUCUAUGAUGUCAAGUCGGACUUCAAGGAGCUCGCCGUCAUGAAGGGACACCGCGGCGAAGUGUCCAAGGUUUGCUUUAGUCCGGCGGGUGGUUGUCUUCUGACUGCAUCAGCAGAUAGAAGCUCGCGGUUAUGGAACACUACCACUGGGAACUGCAUUCAGGUCCUGGCAGGUCACCAGGGUGAGAUCUUCUCGUGUGCGUUCUCCUACGAGGGUGAUGCAAUCAUCACUGCCUCCAAGGAUAACACCUGCAGAAUCUGGAGAUGAUUGGACUGGUGGAUGUAGACCAUCCGCCAGGAAAUUACAACAAACUACCAGUAACAUAAAGGACUUUAAAUAAAACGCAAUAGGAUACAGAUUUGAUACAAUAUUAGCUUCUCUAGUUGUGCGGCCAGGUAGCGUAGGUACUGAAGUUUGUAAGUGACAUGAAAUUACUUGGUAGCUAUCGGAAUAACGGAGAUCAUGUAUAUCUGCAGUCUAUACUUAUGUAUAAUUAAGUACUUAAUCAUUCUACAUUUUCUAUUUCAUUACAAAGUCACCAUCAUCGUCACUAUAUGACAACAUUUGGCCACAUUUAUGAAUAAGUCCUUCGACAUUUGUACAAUCAUUCAGUUAUUUAAUAUAGAAGGUUCUAGAUCUAAUAUUUAUUUAUUUAUUAAAACAAGUUUCGGUAUUAAAUAAACUCAAAUCAAAACAAUACAUCAUUGGGUUUUUCUUUAGCUGAUAACUAU